UCUUGAGUGGAGAGCGGAAUAUAAAUCCAAUGUCGUCUUCAACAUUGCAGCUAACGAACCAAGCUCUAAUCCAUUAAAGUUUGUGCUGGAACGAACUCUUAACAUUUGAAGUGCCGCGGGAACAUUAUUAUGAUUACUUUUUACAACUUUUACAACCAAAGAUUUUACAAAUCCUCUGAGGAACCGGUUACAAUGAUACGAAUAGUCAGGAAGACCAGAGCGCGGACUCCUUUGAGUCUUCAGCACACUCUUUCCUGAGCCUCUAUGGCGCAUAACUCUCAGAUGCUUUCAUCAACAUUCCGGUGUCGUCAGAGAAAAUGGCGUGCUGGGCAGUCCGUUGUUCGGGGAUCUAUGGUUGAAUCCCGCGCGUUCUCUCCGUUCUAGCCGGACCCUUUCCGUCUCUAUGGUGCACUGGGAGCCGAGGUGGGUGGGGCUAGCUUGCACCUUCGCCAGCUGAUUCUUCCUGCGGGCUACCAUGGCGCCUGCAAAAGAAAAUGUCAGCUUGCUAUUAAAACUGUACUACUUAACGGUGAUGACCUUGGUGGCUGCAACCUACACAGUAGCUUUGCGAUACACAAGAACGACAGGAACAGUUCUAUACUUUUCAAGCACAGCCGUGUGUAUCGCAGAAGUUAUCAAGCUAUUUCUAAGUUUGGGCAUUUUAGCAAAAGAGACUGGAAGCCUGAGUAAAUUGUUAACUUCUUUAAGAGAAAAUGUGUUGGGCAGUCCUAAAGAACUACUCAAAUUAAGCGUUCCAUCUGUUGUGUAUGCCAUUCAGAACAACAUGGCUUUUCUGGCUCUUAGCAAUUUGGAUGCAGCAGUUUACCAGGUCACCUACCAAUUGAAGAUCCCAUGCACGGCCUUGUGUACAGUCUUAAUGCUGAACCGCACUCUCAGUAAACUGCAGUGGUUCUCAGUCUUUAUGUUGUGUGGUGGAGUUACACUUGUUCAGUGGAAACCAGCUCAAGCUACAAAAGUUCAGGUGGAGCAGAGUCCAUUGAUAGGCUUUGGUGCAAUAGCAGUGGCUGUUUUAUGCUCAGGAUUUGCAGGAGUAUAUUUUGAGAAGGUGCUGAAGAGUUCAGAUACAUCUUUAUGGGUCAGGAACAUUCAGAUGUACCUCUCUGGAAUUACUGUGACCUUAGCUGGUGUCUACAUGUACGAUGGAGCUCAAGUAAUAGAGAAGGGUUUUUUUAAUGGCUAUACACAUUACGUCUGGUUUGUCAUAUUUCUUUCAAGCGUUGGAGGCCUCUACACUUCCAUUGUUGUUAAAUACACAGAUAACAUCAUGAAAGGGUUUUCUGCAGCCGCUGCCAUUGUUCUCUCUACAGUUGCAUCAGUCAUCCUCUUUGGCUUACAGAUAACUCUUCCAUUCUCUUUUGGUGCUCUUCUUGUAUGCAUUUCAAUCUAUCUGUAUGGGCUGCCUCGACAAGACACUAUGAAAAUCCAGCCAGUGGAAACAAAGGUGUCAAAACAGAAUCUUGUUAACGUCUGACAUUUGCCAUCACAAAGAACAUAAAAGACAAUACGGAUAAAGAAGAUUUGGUUGGGAGGGAUCUUUGUUUUAUUUUCAAGAAGCCUUAAACUGAUUAUCAAAGACUUUACUGCUUAAACAAAAAAUGAAGUUAAUUUUUGAUAAAAUGAAGGUUUACUCUGACGGAUAGUUUGUACUGGAAGGUAGAAUACUACAGGAAGUUAUGAAGCACUGUUUUUCAUGUACGGUUGUUUCCCCUAUUGAUAUAUGAAGAUCCUGCUCACACAUGCAUCCCUCACCAAAACAAAAUGAAUGUAAAUAUAUUGUAUAUAAUAAAGAGGGGACACAAUUUAAAUUCA